AUGAACACUAAGCUAUUGGAAAUGGACCCAGCCACCUAUCGAUUAGAAAUCGCGCUUGCGAUUCAAAUGGUGUACAUCAUUGAUAUUGAUGUAGCCACACAAACAUUGCAGGCUUUGAUCGAACUUCAACUGAAAUGGCAAGACCAACGAUUGGCUUGGGAUCCUGAGAAAUAUGAUGAUCUUGAAUCACUUUAUGUUUCGUGUGAAUCCCUUUGGGCGCCUGAGGAGUUUCUCGUUAGCGCUCCAACUGUCACCGAGGUGAUCCCGGAUCGCUUCAAACAGUGUAUUAUCUAUUCAAAUCGAACAGUCGGAUACGACUUGAUGCUCAGAAUCGAGAACAGUUGUGCAAUGAAUGUCAGAAAAUUUCCUUUUGACACGCAAAGUUGUGCCAUUUUUUUCACCUCAAAUCAAUACGAUUGGUAUCAAGUUCUUCUUUUACCCACCGCCUUCACAAAGUAUCAUGACAGCACUUUCGAUAGAAUGGGUAAUGGUGAAUGGUCAUUUGUGAAUACUUCUUUUGAAGUGACAUACGAUGAGAAAGAAAACUUUCAAAUUGCCAGCUUUGUGCUCACUUGUAAGCGUGAGCCAGCUUUUUACAUUUAUGUGAUUACGUUACCAUGUUUCUUGCUGACAUUCUUGUCAAUUACUGGCUGUUUUUGGACAAAGAAUGUCCGAGAGGAACAGUUAACGAAAUUGAGCAUUGCUCUUACAAGCAUGAUGUCGAUGACCACUUUUGUCGAUAUGGUUUCUCAACAAAUGCCCAAAACAUCAGAGUUUCCACUAUUGGGUAUUUUUGUGUUGACUUGUGUUUUUAUUACAUCCAUUUCUUGUGUGGUUUUGGUGGUAUUUCCGGAAAAGAGAAACCCACGAGAGAAUAAGCCUUGGAAUUCCGGAACUCUUGUACAGCGGAUUCAUGAGCGAUAUUUUGAUGAGAAUGAGUAUACGUGUGAAUUUAUCAUGAGUUCCUCACCAAGCAAAUUGCUCCCGCGUGGCCUCGAGAUUGUCGUGCUAAAUCAUAUGCAAAUCCGCGAUGUGGGUGACGGAGAGCAAUUGGACAAAUAUAUGAAACAUGUACAGGAUUUGGACUUGGCCUGGAACGAUAUACAAGAUUGGAAUCAAAUCUCCGAGCUCUGCAGCCAUUUGCCCGUCCUCCGAAGUCUGAAUCUGUCAUUCAAUCCACUCAAGAAGUCAAUCGAUUUAUCGUUACCGAAAAUGAAUCGAGUGAAUACAUUGAUUUUGAAUGGAACCAAAUUACCGUUAUCUUCUGUUCGAACAAUUGCCAGUGCUUGUCCAUCACUGCAGGAACUUCACUUGUCACACAACGAGUUCAGUCCUGAUGAUCCGUCGACGUCAGCUGAGCCGAUGAGCAGCCCAGUACAAACAAUUCAUCUCAAUCACUGCGGAUUGAAAGAUUGGGAUCAUGUGAUGAGAAUUCUCACCCUUUUCCCGAACAAACAAAUUGUUUACCUCAGCGAGAAUCCGAUUUCGAGAAUCAGAAACGGCGAAGAGCACUCGGAUCCCGCAAAACACAACUCUUUGCGAGCGCUGACACUGAGCAAAACGGAGAUCAGAGAUUGGGAGAGUAUUGAUCAUUUGGAGAAUUUCCCCGGUUUACAAGAGAUUCGCUUGACCAACACCCCCGUUUUGGAAAGCUAUUCUGAUGAGGAGAAAGUUCACUUGGUUACCGCUAGACUUCAGAAGAUUAAGGUAUUGAAUGGCUCAAAUAUCACCGAUUCACAACGGGAGUCUUCUGAACGUUUCUUCAUUCGUUAUUUCCAAGAUCGAGAAGAUAAACCAAAUCAUUAUCAAAGAUUAGUGGAUAAACAUGGAACUCUUGAAAAGCUGGCAAAGGUUGAUCUCACCCCAAAGCCAACGGUGAGUGUCCGGAUCGUUUGUGAGGAAACCGAUUACGAAGGGACGAUAACAGCUCCCGUCAAUCGCACAAUAGCACAGUUUAUGAGAUUCCUCGAGAAGAUCACCGGAAUUCAGGCGGCUCGGAUGAGAAUCUUCCAUCAAUGCGAAGAAGGAUUCCCGUCUGAGGUCCGACUCUCCAAUCAACCGUUUCACUCACUGCAUCCAGAAGAUGGGGAUACUUUUCUUGUACAGAGUAAAAUGCUUCCAUCAAGAAAGCGAGCUCAAGCAACGAAAUCCGAGUCGAGUGAUCACGAGGUUGACCCAAACGCAAGCCAUCUACAGCAU